CGUACGUGUUGGGUAGGCCCGAAAAACUAUAUAAGCCUCCAUCAACCACCCUGCUGCUACACAACACACAUUCAUCCUUUGCCAGUUGUCACUGUGUUUUAGGUGUUUUCAGUCCUUUACGUUCACAGACUUUACUUUAUAGCAUCCUCCGGUUGCAUUACAUAUUUCUUCAUCUUUAACAUAUCGGACAUUUAUUCAUCAUGCUUAUGAACAAGCUUUCCUUCUUCGCCUUCUUGGCUACUGCUAUGGCUCUCUCCAUCACUUCCCCCGCCCAGAGCGACGAGUGGAAGACCAACACCAAGGAGACUGUUUCCUGGUCCAAGGUCUCUACUGACAAGGACACUGCUGGUCUUUACUUGGUUAACUUUGCUACUUACCCUACCUACAGCAAGCUCUUGGCUACUGUGAGCACUGACGACGGUUCUUACACCGUUGACACCACUGACUUCCCCACUGGUAGCGACUACCAAAUCAACUUGGGUAACCCCAAGUCUUCUUCUGAGAUCUAUGCUCAAUCCCAACAAUUCAACAUCGUCCAAGGUGAGGCUGUUUCCAGCUCCAGCUCUGCCUCCAGCACUGAGUCUUCUACCACCUCUUCUGCUUCUAGCACCGACUCUUCUUCCGAGGCUUCUACCACCAGCUCUUCUUCUUCUAGCUCUGACUCCAGCUCCAGCAGCGUCUCUGCCACCACCACUUCCUCUGCUUCCAGCUCUGAGUCCUCUUCUGCUAGCUCCAGCAGCGCUUCCGACAGCUCCAGCAGCUCUUCUUCUGAAGGCAGCAGCAGCAGCACCACUAAGAGCUCUUCCACCAAGAGCUCCUCCAGCGCUGCCCCUACUAGCUCUGUCGCCGGUGCUCUCGUGAACGGUACUCACACCUCUUCUACCUUUGCUACCUCUACCACUGGUGCUGCUAACCGCACCAACGGUACUCACAACGUCACCAUCAUCUCUUCUUCUCAAGGUAGCGGUGCCUCUGGCUUGGACAUCAAGUCCUUUGCUUACACCGCUCUCUUGGUUGCUGCUGCCGUUGUCAUUGCCUAAGCACCUUUUGUUUUAGUCGUACUGUUUAUCAAAAGGCAGCACACAUCGUUGAAACGACAUGUGGAGUUUAGCAUCAUUUGUCAGCAAAUAACCCACUACGGCUUUUGCAUUUUUUGAGUUUGCAUUCGUGUUUAUCCCGGCAUUUCGUGACAUUUUAUUUGUAGAUAGUUAUAAUAUGAUCUGCUGAGCGCUUUGUGGAAGCUUCAGACAGAUUCUUCAUUGUUAAUAAUUUACAAUGGUUGACAUGAAUGGUAAACCACGUGCAAUGCGAUA